UCUUUGCUUAGCACAGUAGUCAUGUAUUGACAUUUCCGGUUAUCACGCAUUUAUUUUUCUUGCCAUUUAUUUUGCUUUAUAGGGAACAAAACCCUCUGGAGCCUUACUGGUUCUCCUUUGUAGCGGAUUAAGGUCUUUUUUUUUUUUUUUUUUUGCGCGUGUGUGUCCUGUUUUUGGGACAGGAGCGAAAUGUACAACCCGGAGGGAUCAGGCUGCAGUAUGGCCUGAGAUUUGACCUAGCGGGACGAUCACUGGGACAGCACCUUCAUCGGCUGCCGCCAUAUUCACCGUAGAGGUAAAGACUCAGCUAGAGGCACACACCCCCCCCUUUCCCUUGUACCAUUACCAUAAACCGCAUCCCUCGCACCGCUGCGUGUGACGGUAAGGAACUUCACUGUCUAGUGUGAUAACAGCGCCGCCCUGUGGUGUGUCUCGGCAGCUACGCGGAGCUUUUCGUACCGGAAGUAAACCUCGGAGGUCGUCAUGGGCAGCAAAGUCAGCUCCAAAAUGGCAGCUCCAGCCGCCCGAGUGAUCCAGGCUAUACGGCCUCAUGCUCCUCUGAUCAAGUUCCCCAAUAGACAAGGGGUCCCAAGGCCCAAUGUCCAAGAGGCAUUGAAAACAUUAGCAGUUAACUUUCCACAACACAACGAUCCCAGUUCACCUUCAGCCGCAGCACCGCCGCCGUUAUCAAGACCUCAUGUACCUUUGACCCCACUCCCUGGCACACCAGACACGCUGGCCUCUAUUCAGCUACUUCCUGCAAGGUAUCGCAGGAGACCGCUGACAGUGGAUGAAAUGGACUACAUCCAGCGUGGUGGACCAGAGUGACAUGAAGCGACUCAAUCACUGCAACCGAAGUCCUUAUCUGUUGAAGAUCAGUAUGUGUCUUGAAUUCUGUUCGUCAGCACAAGAGAACCUUUUGCCACAUGAGACCUGAUGUAGAAUAAAGUAUUACAUAAAUCCUGUUAAAUGUACAUAUGUUUAUUUUUUAGAUGUUAAAUCUUAAUUGUAUUUUAAGUUGAUACUAAGGGACAUCGUAAUUGUAUUUCACAAAGUAAAGCCAUAACAGAAAACAGCUUCUAGGUUUUCCUUAUUUACUGUACUUGCACCACAACUAUUCCUUACAGAUUUGUUUUUGUUAAACCUUGGUUUUAACAUUAUACCAGUUCAAAUCAACAUUUUUCUCAUAUUUGUUUGAGCUGCACUCGCAAUACCACCAUACCCAAAUCCAAACACAAGGCUCUGGUACAUAGAAAAAAAGGCUUGCUUUUCAUACCUUUCACUGCAAUAAACUGACUGAUCUAUUUUUUGGAGGCUGAAGAGAUGCUGGAUGUCACAUUGGGAUAGCACUGAGUGAGAUUGGUGUUGAGUUCAUGUGAACUACUGGAUUUAAAUUAUUAAAGGAUUAUUGUAUUUUGA